UCCUUUUUAUAUCACACUGUCAUUUUUAAUAAUCCUUUGUGGGUCCACUAAUGCACGUAUACCAUUCGAUUCAGAUGUUUUAUGUGUUCGUAAACAAAAAUACGUCGUCUUGUUCCAGCAGAAUGUCUCUUUAAGGCUCCAGCCGUUGCCGUGGAAAUCUCGUUGCUGUAGUCUCUCGGCGUGUAAGAUCUCGCGGUACCUGUACCCCAGUGGCGGCUGUGUGGCCCCCAGUCUCAGUCCGGACGGAGUAGUUUCUGACGUUUGAAUGAAAAACAGUGCUCAUCACCUCCACCUUGGACCCUGGAAAUAAUGGCUUCAGCCUUGGAGCAGUUUGUGAACAAUGUGCGGCAGCUCUCCGCACAAGGUCAGAUGACUCAGCUGUGUGAGCUGAUCAACAAGAGCGGGGAGCUGCUGGCCAAAAACCUGUCCCACCUGGACACAGUGCUGGGGGCCUUGGACAUCCAGGAACACUCCUUAGGGGUCCUGGCCGUGCUAUUCGUCAAGUUCUCCAUGCCAAACAUCCCGGACUUUGAGACGCUCUUCUCCCAAGUUCAGCUCUUCAUCAGUACCUGCAACGGGGAGCACAUCAGAUAUGCAACAGACACUUUUGCUGGUCUCUGCCACCAGUUAACAAAUGCCCUAGUCGAGAGGAAGCAGCCUUUGAGGGGUGUAGUCGUCCUAAAACAGGCAAUAGACAAAAUGCAGAUGAACACAAACCAGCUUACCUCAGUCCACGCAGACCUGUGUCAGUUGUGCUUGUUAGCGAAGUGUUUUAAGCCUGCUCUGCCCUUCUUGGAGCUGGACAUGAUGGACAUCUGUAAAGAGAAUGGAGCCUACGACGCAAAGCACUUUUUAUGUUACUACUACUACGGUGGCAUGAUCUACACAGGCCUCAAAAACUUUGAAAGAGCACUGUAUUUUUAUGAACAGGCAAUAACCACUCCAGCCAUGGCAGUGAGCCACAUCAUGUUGGAAGCCUAUAAAAAGUACAUUCUGGUGUCACUCAUUCUUCACGGCAAAGUGCAGCAGCUGCCAAAAUACACAUCACAAAUAGUAGGGAGGUUUAUCAAGCCCUUGAGCAACGCAUACCACGAGUUAGCUCAGGUCUACAGCACCAACAACCCCGCCGAGCUGCGGAAUCUGGUCAACAAACACAAUGAGACCUUCACAAGAGACAACAACACGGGCCUGGUCAAACAGUGCCUCUCCUCGCUUUACAAGAAGAAUAUACAGAGGCUAACCAAGACCUUCCUGACAUUGUCUUUGCAAGAUAUGGCCAGUCGGGUGCAGCUGUCCGGUCCUCAAGAGGCAGAGAAAUACGUCUUACACAUGAUCGAAGAUGGUGAAAUUUAUGCUAGCAUAAACCAAAAGGACGGCAUGGUGUGCUUCCACGAUAACCCCGAAAAAUACAACAACCCCGCAAUGCUCCACAAAAUUGACCAAGAGAUGUUGAAAUGUAUAGAACUGGAUGAAAAAUUAAAAUCUAUGGAUCAAGAAAUUACAGUAAAUCCACAAUUUGUGCAAAAGAGUAUGGGAUCACAGGAGGACGACGUCGGUAGCAAAACAUCGAGUUACUCUUGAGGGGCCUUGGACUGGGACAGAACGCCACAGCCACUCAAAACGUUCUUCCCGGGAUGAGUUGGAAUUUUUAUAAAGAGGAAAAACAAACAUUCUAUUACAUAAAGGACAUUGGACAAGGAAAUUCUAAGUGUGUGGAAUGAUGAUAAGUUUGGUUAUUCUUUCUUCACAGUGUCUUAAGGAUAACAAAACAGUUUUAUUUAUCUUGUCCAGAUUGGAGCGCCACCAUUUACAAAACUCACCCAUCAAUAAAAAAACUGGACUUCUUUGUUCUGAA